CGAUGAACACAGACAGGGAGAGAGGGGGGGAGAGAGAGGGAGAGAGAGAGACAGAGACAGAGAGUACAGAGGAACAUAUUGACUCAAAGCUGGUCUGCAUGCUCAGUGUGUGAGGAGAGACAGAAAAUGAGAGCAGGCAAGAUGGAGCGCUGGCACAGAUGAAGACUGUCCCUGGUUCCGUUCGGCAGUCCACAUGAGCGUCUCCAAGCCCCCGCCGCCCCCCUCCACCUCCCACCUGGCCAUCCCCCCCUCCUCCGCCCCCGCCCCCUCCCCGUCGGCCUCCUCCCCCCUGGCGACGCCCGGCUCCACCGCCGCGCCCCCGCCGUCGCCGGUCAAGAUCUCUAUGCAGGAGCACUUUGCCAUCAACGUGUGCCCCGGGCCCAUCCUCCCCAUCCCACAGAUCUCCGACUUCUUCCCUCGCUUCCACGACUACCCCUGCACACCGCCGCCUCCGAGGGAGAAGAAGAUCCUGAAGGAGGAGACCUUCAACGGGGAGACGGGCGGAGGCUACAAGGACGGGGAGAGGAGGGGGGACAACGGCGGGGACAAGGAGGAGGUGUUCGACUCCGACGACGACGACACUUACCUGGGAACGCUAGAGUUCAGCCUGCUCUUUGAUCAGGACAACAACUGUCUCCAUUGUACCAUUCACAAGGCAAAGGGACUGAAAGCCAUGGACUCCAAUGGGCUGGCCGAUCCUUACGUCAAGCUUCAUCUUCUCCCCGGGGCGAGCAAGGCAAACAAGCUACGCACAAAAACCCUGAAGAAUACGCUGAACCCAGUGUGGAACGAGACGCUGGUGUAUCAUGGCAUCACAGCAGCCGACAUGACCACCAAAACACUCAGGCUGUGCGUGUGUGACAUGGACAGACUCGGGCGAAAUGAAUUCAUCGGCGAAGUGAGAGUGGCUCUCAAAAAGCUGAAAGAGGGCGAGGGCAAACGCUACAACAUGGGCCUGGAGAGAAUUGCGCAGAAUAAAGAAACUAACAAUCAGCUGGUGGAGCAGGGAGCACUCGUGGCAGAGGAGGAGCGCGGCCGCAUCCUGGUGUCGCUCUGCUAUAACACGGACAAGGGCUGCCUGCUGGUCGGGAUCAUACGCUGUGCCCAUCUGGCCGCCAUGGACUCCAACGGCUACUCUGACCCCUUUGUCAAAAUCAUCUUGCAGCCAGAUAUGGGGAAAAAGUCCAAAUACAAGACUUCAGUGAAGAAAAAGACUCUAAACCCCGAAUUUAAUGAGGAGUUUUCAUAUGAAGUGUCUCUGGACCAGCUGGCGAAGAAAACCCUGGAGAUCUCCGUUUGGGACUACGACUUGGGAAUGAGCAACGACUUCAUAGGUGGAGUGGAGCUGGGCAUCAACGCGAGCGGCCAGAGACUCAGACACUGGUUCGACUGCCUCAAAAACAAAGGGAAGAAGGUGGAGUACUGGCAUACGCUCACACAGCAAGGAGCCCCGAGCAGCGACAAGCCGGACUAGAUGACCCAGGACAGUCACACACACACACACACACACACACACACACACACACACACACACACACACACACACACACACACACACACACACACGCGCGCACUCCUUCAAAACAAAGCACUAGUUGAAAGCAGAGUCCUGUAGUAAUAAGAGCAAAGGAUGAAACAUGCAAUAAUAAUGACGUUGAAAGUGAAGCGUGUCGUAUAAUGCCAAUAAUUACAAGCAACAAAAUAUUAUUCUAUGAUAUUCAUACUGAUAUUAGUGAUGGUAAUAAGGUGUAAUCUGAACACGUUUUUCUUUUAAAGUUGAGCCAAAUUGUGACACUGUCCUCAUUAAAGUGUUGACGUAACCAAACAAUACUCAACAAAACUGUGCUUAAUUACCCUACUGUAACGUGGACGUCGCUCAUAUUCUGUCUGUUUCUGAGUUUCUAACGAAAGGGAAUGACACUAGGCUCGAAAUCCAUCCAGUGAAAGGGGCCAGUACUAAGUGCGCCCUAGUGACUCAUAGUGUGAUAUAUAGUUACAGGAACAGGACGAUUAUCAAAGGGUGAUUCUGUAACGAGAGGUCUCCAUUUUAGUGGUUGUUGAUCUGAUGCAAAACAAUAUUAUAAAGCACAAAAUGAUCCAUUUGGUGGAUUUGUACCUUUACCGUUUCCGUGUUCUUGUUCCGAUGUCCCUUCAUUGUCUGUGUGGUGCCAGUGGCUUUCUCUACGCCUUCACAUGGAACAUUAAUGUGUCAGAAUGUGUGUGUGUGUGUGUGUGUGUGUGGGUGUAGGUCUUUGUGUGCAUGAGGGCUACGCGUAUUUGAGUGCCUACAUCCUCCUUGUGUGCGGUGCGUGUCGAUCUGCAGUCGCUUCCUGUCGCAUUCAACGGACCGUCUUCGAAGCACAGAGGUGUAAAGGAAUAAUAACAAAGGACAAGAAAGGAACCAGCACGCGACCACAUACCUCCGUCGCCAGUGCUUCUGGCUGAAGGACAUUUGGCAAGUUGUCAGUCAUGGGUGCCAGACGUUUCGCCACCUCACUCUCUCUCUCACUGCCAGAGAGACUCAGAUCAGCAUCCGCCAGAAUCCGAGCUGCUGCAUCAACGUCAUCCGAUGUUUGUCUUAUUAUCCUGUUAUUUUGAAAUCAGUCCUCCUCUGCUCGAACAUCUGUCAGAGGGGAUUUCUCCCUCGUGUUUUGCCCUCAGGAGGUGGAACGACAUCACAUCCCGCAUGCAAAUCGCUGGCAACAGGGGACAAAGGCGGACACUCGGAUAUGACAAGAUGUUGAGAACCAAUGCUCGAUUGCAAACCUAUCUGCAUGUGUGUUACGUGUUUCAGUGCAUAUCUCUGCUGUCGAUGGUGCACAUGAGCUCAGUUGCUGCUGAACCGUCCAAGCCCCUGGUUCCCCUCUCGUACGCCCAUCGACUCCAGCACGCGCGCAGUCAGUCAGCGGCCUCUGGGAGUUUUCUCACUGUUGAAUCGAUCCUCGUAUUCUUAGCGUCCGUUGACAACCUUGUGAAUGUCUCAUCUUUGGUUGCAAAACCCGCAUCUGUCACUGGUGAAUUCGGUUUUGAACAAAAGGGCUUAGGGCUUAUUAUAUAAAAGCUUGGAACUAAAUUAAAUGUUGCAGUUUACAUUCAAUUUCAGUUGAACCUUAGACGACUUCUCCAGGAGGGUGGGUUUAAUCCGUACUUUCUCUAUGCACACCCAAAUUCCCAGCAUGUCAGCAGUGAGAUAAUCAAACCAAAACAACACUAUCAUGUUCUCCAAGCAUCAAAUAUGCAUUUCUGGGAAGCCUAAAUACUUUGUUUGGGGUUUGGACGGGUGACAGUGAUCUGAUAGAGUGCAGAUUUCUGGCUAGAUGGCUGCUCCUUCUUGUCUCUGGAUCUGUUGAUUUUGUUUACACUCACCAUAUUUUCUGACUCUCGUCUAUUGACCCCGCUUUGCUUAUGUAAUCAUUUUAUCUGCAAUACAGCUGCAUGUUUAGCAGACACCACCGGCUUGUAUAAUAGAGUGCAACCUUAGCUGAUCUUUCUGAAUGCUGAUGUGUUUACAGCCUGUGCCAUCAGUUCGGUCUGUUAACGUUAGUGUUUGUCUGUGAAUAUGACGAUUCAGGGUAUUUCUUGCUCAGUUGCUGUGCUUUACCAAGCAAACUAUUGCUUUAAAGAGAAAAAAAAAUCCUUUACUGUCACAGACCUUGACACUUGUCUUCCUUAAACUGAUAUUGGUGGUAAUGAUGCAGGAGGACUGAGAUGGGAAUCAGAAGGGAAUUCACUACUGCAGUCCCUGUGUAUUCACUGUCAAUGUCAAUCACACAGUAUGGCUGCCAUCCUGUGGUGGGUUUGUGUGACUACCUGGCAAAAUAAAUUGAAGUUGUUUCAGUA